UAUGUAUAUAUGUAAGAAAGAGAGAGAGAGCGAGAGAGCACUAUACGUUUCCGCUCAGCAUCCGAACGAAUAUCGACCAGCUCACGACACAACCAACGUCAUAGUAAACAUACAACGAAGAUUAAAGAAAUAAUAAAAAAAAAAUCAAAAUGAAGAGAGAGAAAGCGAGAGAGAGAGAUCAAGACGAAAAUAAAAUAACCUAGACACACAAAAAACAACAACUAAGACUGAUUUAACAAGAAGCAUUACACCAUUAUUCAAAGCUAUCUCUUCUACGGGUAUAGUACGUGUUCUGGGAGCCACAGGCAACGUCUCCGUGUCAGAACGCUUUCGUUAACGGAGGCAUUCACACCCAACGGACAGAAGAAACAGGAUUUUUUCUCACGGAACGACAGAAAUAUCUUGCAAUAAGUGUCAGGUGUCAGUGAUGACGAUUUUGUCAUGAGUAGAUACAGUCCCAUGUGGCGCUCAGUUUGCGAGAACUGGAUCCAAGAAAGUUUGGAGGAGAAGGAAGGUCAAGUCACUCCUGUCUGUGUUCUUUACAAUGCCUACUUGAAGGAUAAUCCCCAGCACUAUCUGGAUAUAGCCCAGUUUGGGAAGAUUCUGAAGUCAAGAUUCCAAAACAGAAAAUGCCGCCGGGGCAAGCAGGGAGCCCAGAUCUACGUCUACAAAAAUGUGAUCAUCAAGCCAAAAGCAGCAAAUACGGUCCGUCAAGAAGCCCAAGCCAGACCAAAAGCCAAGUCAUCAGACGACUUUCCUGCCAUAGAUUAUGUGCUUUUUAAUGGUAUCCAGGCCACUGCUAAUCCCCUUGGACAAUUAGGCGCAACAUCAGAGUCUUCGAGUUCGAAAAUACUGCCACCUGUUGACUUUCCUUCUGUAAAUAAGGGGUCUUUUAAUAAUCAGCAGUCCGCUCCUGGACAUGAUGGACAGUUAGUCAUGACGCCAAGACUUCACACGGAAGCCUCUUCUGCAGGCAAUUUGAUCUUAGAGGAAACUUCACCUCUUGAUUUACGUCUCCCAGCUGCUGUAGCCCGGAGGAAGUUGUUGUCAGCAAGUAAUCCUUAUGAAUACAGCAACUAUGAAAACAUCAACAACCACGAAAAGUCAAAGGCAGAUGUACUGGGUGCUCUGGAAGUUCAGCAUCAUAAUAAAGAAGAAGAUGAUAGAAGUGUCUGUAGUAGUUUGAGUGAACUGUCCAGCUUGGUUAAGGAGAGUAGUGAUGGAAAUUCAGAGAGUGAUGAAAAUCCACAUAACAUUUCUGACAAAGAUCAUGAUGUCGUGAUCAUGAUUACAGACUCGACGGCAUCGGAUAGUAAAGAUGAUAUGGAGUAUGUCUUUUGUAACAGAGAUUUAAGAUCGCCCCCAAAAUCUAUGCUUCUGGAUGUGGAGGUCAAGGAUAUAGAAGUGGAAGAAGAGAGCUGCCUUUACUUGGAUUAUCAACAAACCAAUACAAACUCCAUCAGUGAAAAAUAUUUUAAAGAUAAAUUGCAAAGGAAAACAUCAGACAGACAAUCAAAUGUGAUGAUGGAAGACCAUAUCAUCGCAAGACUAGAGGGGGGAGAAUUAAAAGGAAUCACCACAAUCGACUUGAAUGAGGGACCUGUUCAAGAGGAGACCCAGAGCACACCGAGAUCCAUAGAGGGACAAGCUAUAACGAAAGUGGAAACCUUGAACAGGAAAACGAUAGAAACUAACAGGAUGGCUCUGGGGCGCAGAUGGGUGGACUCCAAUCUCCGAGACCAACCAGGAAAGCAGACCUUCCUCAGGGAGAUCGCUGCAGCAUAUGCACGGGACCACCCGGAGGAACCUCUGACUAACACUAAUCUUGCUGUGCUGAUCAGAAGUAAAUUCCCUUCAAGAAGAAAGAAAAUGAACAAUGGGCCUAGAACAAUUUAUUACUACCAAGAUCUGGAACUUACCAAUCCAUCACAGUUGAAUGACAAUUCUUAUGUCCUUAGAGAAACCACUCAAGAAGAUCAAAACUUAACCCCUAAUGUACCAGCCAUCCUGAUGUCUAGGGAUGAUGGCGCACCAGUUGCUGUGUUGAACCCACCAGCCGAGAGUGUGUUUACCAUGAAUGGCAAGCCUUAUGUUUCCUUGAAAAUAGUGGUCCCAUCGAGUAAAUCAAGUGCUGGAGAUCCCUUGAAUUCAAAAGGACAAAAGACUCUUUCACAGGAGGCUGUUCCAAGCUGUAAGACUAAAAAUGAAGCAUCUGGAGAAGGAAUUGUCAACUAUCCUCAAAAUGCACGUGAGUUUGAAUCAUGCUGCGGUUCUCCAGACAAAAGCAAUGAUGACAUGCUUAUAAGAGAUCAGAGUCUCACUGAGGAUGGCGGAGUGUUCAGUAAAGACAUAGGACAUAGAGAACAUCCAAGGACAGAUCAAAGCCUAAGUGGGGAUGAUGGGAUGUUCAGUAAAGGCAUAGCAUCUCCAGAACCAUCUGCCUUUCCUCAGAAUUUAGUGGAUACAAUCAAAGCAGAACCGAUGGACACGGAAACUGAUCUCUUGGCCUCUGUUGAGCCCAGUGACGUACACACGAAUCCAACUCUAGCAAAGAUGGAUAUGGCCGUCUCUGACUACCUACUCAGUGAAAUGGUUAGUGAGGAGAUUUGCAGUUAUGACCACGAUGAAGGAAGAAGUCGAGCGUCAGAAAAUCAAGAGUCUCAAGAAAUAGACAGUCAAAAAAAAGAAGGGAAUGGAAAUUCUAUAACAAAAUGUGUGGCUGACUUUAAUUACGAAUCUCUCGAACACCCUGAAAAAUCAGAUAUUAGAAAUCAGUCUUCUGAUAGCAUCCUUAUUGAAAUCAGUGAGCCUGUAGUUAAAUUCCAAAAUUUGUUUUCACUGAAACGGAAAUCGCUUCGAAGUUUUAAAUCAAGGAAACCUUGGAAAAGAGAUCGAUUGUUUCAAACCUUUGAUGCAAACAGUAAACGCCUGAGAGCAAAUGAUCAUCAGGCAAAUAAACGGCUGAGUAGAAACGCUGCUCAAUCAUCAACUGUUAGAAAAAUGGUUGUAUUAGAACACCGUAAGAGAAAAGCAAAACGAUGGAAAGCAGUUGCACACGGCGCAACGGAGCAGAAUAACUUAAGGAUACAUGAAGUCCUACAAGUCGCUUUUCACUUCUUCGCAGCUGGAUCCAGACUAUCAGACGACGACCGCGCUAGAAGGCUCGAAGCCACAAUUUACAGAAACAAUCCAGCAGUAAGUUAUAGAGAACCACCUUCACCUUCUUCUGAAACCAACAAUUACACUUGCCAAACAUCUUCGCAUUUUAUAGAGUCAACCAAAUCCCUAACCUACAGUAAAGUUACAUCUUUACUUAGACACCAUCAGACGUGCCACGGAUUAGGAUGCUCUUACAGCUCUAAUCUGUGCCAGACUCUACGAGCAAUGUACUCGCACAUCACCAUCUUUAGCCACCGGUGCCAAGUGUGGAAGCAUUUCACAGACCUAGUGGGACUCCAUGCCAAGUCUUGUCGCCAGUGGGACUGCCAGCUCGCGUUUUGUCUCUACGUGAAACACGACUCCCAUCUAAGUGACCCAAGCGUGACGUCGGAGGAAGGAGACCGCUUGAGGAAAGAGUUCGAUGAAUGCGAAAGCCACGGGCCGCAUGGGGCAAAGCUCCACUGUGGCCAUUUGCCUCGAAUACAAAUCCCACUCAGCGAAAAGGGCGAGAGUGCUGGUGUGACGGCGACGGAGAACCACUUUCGAGAGGGCGUUGAGGCGAGGGCGCUGAGGCUCCUUGGGAACUUUGCACAACCCGGAUCUAGUUCCUCGUUUGUUACACCUAUUAUAAAUACUCUUAGUGUGAGUGCGGAUAUGCUAAAGAUUUGACUUAGUGAAGCUAAUUAAAACAGUACAAUACCGUACCAAAUGUGUGUACAUGAAUAAAAAAAAGAAGAAAAAAAAA